AUCACGGCAUGUCCGCGCCCAGAGAACCCAGAAUCAGAAAUGCGGGAGUAGCACAAUCACAGUUGCACGUUAUGUAUCGUUGGUCAUGUUACCCAAUAGAGCUGAAGUAUAACAACAUAGAGAGCCGUGGCAUCACUUACGAUCGGAUCAUCGAUUUGGCAUCGGAAACCACCAUUCACCGUAGGAAGAAGGGCCCUUUGUAUUUGAAGACUACUUCUUAGGUUCUAUCUAGAUACGGCGGCGACCCUCCACUGAGCGCACGUGCCAUGUCACUGUAUGGCGUGGGCAUCACCAAAUUGUCCAAGUGGGUCCAGGCAUCGCCACGGACGUGCUCCAGGGCCACACAGACACCAAGCUAUCUCUGUAACAAGAGCAGCAGGACCCGUGUAAUGCGUCGCAAGCGGAGUGACGCCUGCAGCAACACCAUCUGCACCAUGGCCGAGUGGAACAUGGGGCAGAAACCCUUCGUCUGCCAACUGUGCCUCAAGUCAUUCUUAACCAGGGCCACAUUGUCCAGCCACUUGAAGUAUGUGCACGACGGAGAGGGCAAGUAUGUCUGUGCCGUGUGCGAGAGAGCGUUCGUCUACAAGGACAGCCUGCAGCGGCACGAGCAGUUGCAUUCCAACGACAGUCGAUACACGUGCGGACGGUGCGGCCGUACCUUCAGGGACCACACCAACCUGUGCGCGCACGUUCUGGUCGACGGUGGCGACAAACUGUACGUGUGUACCCGCUGCGGGAGUACCUUCUCGGGGCUCGUCUCCCUGAAGAGCCACACGGUGUCCGCUCACACCAAGGACUUUGAGUUCCCGUGUCACUUGUGCGGAGAGGGCUUUUCGUUUCCGCGUGCGCGGAAGAGACAUCUGCAGAAAAAGCACGCGGGUGCCGUGUGCAAGCAGUGAUCCCAUGGGUGCUUUCGUGCAGAGCCGUAGUAAUAAAAGGGAGUCUAAAAAUUAA